CCCUUCUGAAAUGUCCUGUUGUGUCUAUCAAUUCCAGCCAAAGACCCCCACCCGGCCCAGCCCUUGCCCACUCCCAGGCUCCCAGGACAGUCACACACUUGGCCUCUGUGGUGCUCUGUGGCCUGGCUGGGGGAUGGGGGUAUGCACAAUCUGAGGAUACACUGGAAUAUUCAGUACGUGCUCCGUGGAAGCAGACCCAGCUGGAAAAGCAGCCUACCCCACAAAGGACCCCUCAGGAAUGAAGCCGCUUUUUCAGGUUCAGAGGCGCUGUGGGCUCUCCUGCUCUUCUUAAAUAGUCAGGCCUCCCUCCUACAGCUCCAAGGAGUCCACCUGGAGCACCACCCACGGCCGGCUCACCGCUCGCCUGCCUCCCGUCCUUGCCCUCCUGGGUCAUCUGCAAGAGCCCCAACAUGAAUGGCCUGGAGACAGCCCCACCGAGCCUGGCAGACAACUCCUCCCUGGCUUACUCUGAGCAAUGUGGACAGGAGACCCCACUAGAGAACAUGCUCUUCGCUUGCUUCUACCUUCUGGAUUUCAUCCUAGCCUUUGUGGGCAAUUCCCUGGCCCUGUGGCUUUUCAUAUGGGACCACAAGUCAGGCACCCCGGCCAACGUGUUCCUGAUGCAUCUGGCUGUGGCCGACCUGUCCUGUGUUCUGGUCCUGCCUACUCGGCUGGUUUACCACUUCUCCGGGAAUCACUGGCCAUUUGGGGAAAUCCCAUGCCGGCUCACUGGCUUCCUCUUCUACCUCAACAUGUAUGCCAGCAUCUACUUCCUCACCUGCAUCAGCGCCGACCGGUUCCUGGCCAUCGUGCACCCAGUCAAGUCCCUCAAGCUCCGAAGACCUCUCUAUGCCCACCUGGCCUGCGCCUUCCUGUGGGUGGUGGUGGCUGUGGCGAUGGCCCCGCUUCUCGUGAGCCCACAGACCGUGCAGACCAACCACACAGUGGUCUGCCUGCAACUGUACCGGGAGAAGGCCUCCCAUCACGCCCUGGCCUCCCUGGCCGUGGCUUUUACCUUCCCCUUCAUCACCACCGUCACCUGCUACCUGCUGAUCAUUCGCAGCCUGCGCCAGGGCCCCCGCAUAGAGAAGCACCUCAAGAACAAAGCUGUCCGCAUGAUUGCUAUGGUUCUGGCCAUCUUCCUCAUCUGCUUUGUGCCCUACCACAUCCACCGCUCGGUCUACGUGCUUCACUACCGCGGCGGCGGCGCCGGCGGCGGUGGGAUGUCCUGCUCUGCUCAGCGUGCCCUGGCCCUCGGGAACCGCAUCACCUCGUGUCUCACCAGCCUCAACGGGGCCCUGGACCCUGUCAUGUACUUCUUCGUGGCUGAGAAGUUCCGCCACGCCUUGUGCAACUUGCUCUGCAGCAAGCGGCUCGCGGGCCCACCUCCCAGCUUUGAGGGAAAAACCAAUGAGAGCUCCCUGAGUGCCCGAUCCGAGCUGUGAGCCUUGAACUGUGAGCCUUGAGCAAGGAGGUCCUGUCACCAGGCCAGCUGUAGACUGUUGUAGGAGGACCAGCUCUCCACUGGGGCCCACGCUACCAGGGCCAGCUAAAGAAGUCUAUGUUCCCUCACCACUUCCUGAGCAAAUAAACUAACAUGUCAGCAGCUCUUGCCCUGCUCCAAGGUCUUAACGGCAAGGCCAUCCAGUCUGAGCAACUCCACCAAGAGGCGGGGGCAAACUACAGGAUGCCCUGCCCACCCUUCCACAGGGACUGGGUUGGCCUGCCUUAUUUACAGCUCCCAGACACUCAGUGACUUCACUGGUACUAAAUAGGGAAGGGAGCCACAGGGACAUUUCUGGAACAAUGGAGAUCUUUCUUCCCCACGAAACUUCCAGCUUCCUUCAUACUGCAGAUGCCCACAGCAACAAAGCUCAACAGAAUAACCCAGAAAGCAAGCUGCCCAGGACCCCGAAAAGGAAGCAGCACUAAUCUCAAUGGAACUAGAGGGGCGUCUAAUAUUUCCUUUGAAGUACAUGGUGUAUUGUGUAUCCAUACAGAGUCCUUGCCUGCCUUGGGAGAUGAUCUCAUUCUGAGCUUGGGGGACACAGACUCUCGGAUAGCCACACAUGAGUACAUUUCAGACUGACUGCAAGUGAGUCCAGCAAACACAGCUCUGGACUCCCCUGCUGUAACCCUGUUCCCACAUCUGCCUCUAGCCUGACAACGUCUGGAGUUUCUCAGUAGAAGGUGGCCUGGUCAGGCAUAUGGCAUAGAUGGACAGCCAUUAGAGUCCGCUGCAGGCAGGGACCCAGGUGUGUGAACCUGUCUCCAGCUCACUCAAACCCAGAGGGGGCAUUUCCACUCCCUCCCAAGAGGCUUCUGCCAGCCUGGGCUGCCUGGCUUUGAACUGCUGAACUUGUCAGCAUGUGUUGACCAUGCUCAUGUAUCCUUUUUGUACUUGUUUGUAUGACUCCUAAACAUAAUCAAGCCUUAAGGAAAAGGAAAUUAUUAUGCUAAUUCAACCUGACACAUGAUGUCUUCCCCUGAAAUUCUCUUCCCUUCCACCCAAGAAUGACCAAGUAAGGCAAUGUCUCCCUUAUUGUGGUUUGGGUGGCCCCGUGGUAUGUCUGCCCCAGGCAGACCUGAAGCCAUGCAUCAUGGAGUUUCAAGUGCCAUCCUAGGUUGGAAGGGCUCUCAAACUUAACCCUCCAACCACACCCUGCCCAUCAACAGAGAAACCCUCUAUUCUUCUAUUACAUUUCGUCUUCCAAAUGGAUGCUACUUCCAAGCAUGGGGUAGUGGCCUGUGCAUGGCUCAUCUCAGAAAGAGCACAGCCCAGACUGAUGCCCCUCCUGCUCAGUGUUACUUCUCACCAGUACAGGUCUGUCCACCCUGGUGGUCCCUCACCAAGACGGCCUGCUGAAUACAAGACCAUGGCAUCCUUACAGAUGCCAGGACCAGGAUGAGGUCAUGUGCCCCUCCAGAGGCAUAGCAAAGCGGCAAGAUCACUGUAGGCUGAGACAGAGGGGCUUUGACAGAGAACCAAGUACCCAGACAGGAAGCACAGUCUCGUGGGAAGCUGGAGGGUCUCUGGAAGGCAGCAAGGCCUUUUCUGGCACAGGGGUUGCAGAAGCAGACUUGGGUCAGAGGAGGAGAAACUUGCAGCUCUAUUUGAGACCUGUUGUGUUGAAAUCUCAAAUGGAGAUGCCACCCAGGCAGGGGAACUGAGCAAAGGGGAGAUCUGGAGGGGACCCCUGGAUAGUCCAGAUGUGCUGUUGAGAGACCCAAGACUUCAUCUUCAAGGGUGGGUACGGACACAGGCCCGAAGAACAUCUCUGUGCAGAGAGAGGCUGGAGGAAGCUAGCACAGGACAGAGGUCUCACUGGGAGAGGAGGCAGUUUAGGCAGGAGGGCCCUGCUGUGAGACCACUGGAGGUCAAGAAGAGGACCUGGUGAUACCCAGGCUUGUCCUGAGGCGUAGAGAAGGUCAGCAGCUAUGCUCUGAAGGACUUUGGGGCCCAAAGGUGUCGCUGGGAGCUCCCCCAAAGCUUCCCCACGCAGGUGGGAGAUGAGGUCAUGGCUGCAGGGGAGGUGUAGAACCCACAGGGAGGGAAGCAGGGGUGAGAAGAAAGAAUAAGGCUUCUUGGAAGGGGAAUUGCCAGAGUACCGAUGAAGUUUACGGUUCUGAAUUUAGAGUAAACUGGGCAACCUGGUUAAGGACCUUCUGUCCGACAUCCUCCAGCCACGUGCAUACAGGGAGGAAGGCAGACAGCUGGGGUCAGCAUGGUGUGGGAGCAGCAGGUGGGGUGUCAGGGGUCAUAGUGAUUUGUGAACUUAAAACUCCUCAUCCAUCCAUAGCCACUCAAGAAUCCUCAUGCCUGCUGUCCCCAGAGGAGCCCCCUGCUCAGAGGAAGCCCCAUCUGUCCUCACCCUUCUACCCCAUCUUUAUCCAUGCCUUGGGGACUGUGUUCUCCAUCUAGUAGGGGUAGAACAAGGUUCACGGCCAGGUCCGCCCAGAACACUGCAGAGCCUGGAAGGUGCCUGGUACCUCGCUGGACCGUGGCUCUUAGAGUGGGGGCAAGAGACCCGCCUCUCUGGCCACAAAUGCGGC